AUGUCUGGUCGAGGCAAGGGAGGCAAGGUCAAGUCGAAGGCCAAGUCCCGCUCAUCGCGAGCCGGUCUCCAGUUCCCCGUCGGUCGUAUCCACCGUCUGCUGCGCAAGGGCAACUACGCCGAGCGCGUCGGUGCCGGUGCCCCGGUCUACCUGGCCGCCGUCCUCGAGUACCUGGCCGCUGAAGUGCUGGAGCUGGCUGGCAACGCCGCCCGCGACAACAAGAAGACCCGUAUCAUCCCCCGUCACCUGCAGCUGGCCAUCCGCAACGACGAGGAGUUGAACAAGCUUCUCUCGGGUGUGACCAUCGCCCAGGGUGGUGUCCUCCCCAACAUCCAGGCUGUCCUUCUGCCCAAGAAGACCGAGAAGACCGCAUAA